AUGGAUGUCCGUAAAACGCUGGUGUCGGUGAUUUGGAUAUUACUGCUGAACAUUGAGGGAGACUGUCACGCCGAAGAAGUGGUGCUGCUGAAUUCUAAAGAGACUCAAGCCGAGCUGGGCUGGACGUCCUAUCCCCCCAAUGGGUGGGAGGAGAUCAGCGGCGUGGAUGAGAAGUACAAGCCGAUCCGGACGUACCAGGUGUGCAACGUGAUGGAGCCCACGCAGCAGAACAACUGGCUGCAGACGGGCUGGGUGGCGCGGCGCGGCGGCCAGCGCAUCUUCGUGGAGCUCCAGUUCACGCUGCGCGACUGCAACAGCAUCCCCGGCGUGGCGGGCACGUGCAAGGAGACCUUCAACCUCCUCUACGUGGAGACGGACCGGGACCUGGGCGGCGUGACCCGCGAGGACCGCUACACCAAGAUCGACACCAUCGCCGCGGACGAGAGCUUCACGCAGGGCGACCUGGGCGAGCGGAAGAUGAAGCUGAACACGGAGGUGCGCGAGAUCGGCCACCUCAACCGCAAGGGCUUCCACCUGGCCUUCCAGGACGUGGGCGCGUGCGUGGCCCUGGUGGCCGUGCGGGUGUACUACAAGCGCUGCCUCGCCACCGUCCAGAACCUGGCGGUGUUCCCCGACACGGUGGCCGAGGCGGCCUUCGCCACGCUGGUGGAGGUGCGCGGCGCCUGCGUUAACAACUCCGAGGUGGACGCCGACAGCCCUCCCAGGAUGCACUGCAGCGCCGAGGGAGAGUGGCUGGUGCCCAUUGGGAAGUGCAGCUGCAGCGCCGGCUACGAGGAGGGACACAGCAGCUGUGAAGCGUGUCCCCGUGGCUCCUACAAGAUGUCCUCCAGGCAGCAGGAGUGUUUUCCCUGCCCGGCCAACAGUGUCUCCGAGGAGGAAGGAUCCGUGGCGUGUGUGUGCGAGGAGGACCACUUCAGGACCCCCCUGGACACACCCUCGGCCCCAUGCACAAGGCCCCCCUCGCCGCCCAGAGACCUGGUCUACACCCUGAAGCAGUCCACGCUGAUCCUGGAGUGGGCCGCGCCGUCCGAUGCGGGAGGCCGGAUGGAUCUGACUUACAGCGUGGGCUGCCGGAGGUGCGGCGGCCGGCAGUGCGAGCCGUGCGGUGCGAGCAUCGGCUUCGUGCCCCAGCAGGUGGGCCUGACGGAGAGGACGGUGACCGUGGUCAAUCUCCUCGCCAACACCAACUACACGUUUACCGUCGAGGCCUUGAACGGCGUGUCGGAGCUGCUGCCCAGGAAGAAGUUCUACACCCAGGUCAACGUGUCCACAAGCCUGCCAGCCCCAUCUCUGAUCAGUGAGCUGCGAGCGGAGAAGAUCGAGCAGAAGAGCAUAACGUUGGUGUGGAGGGAGCCUUCGUACCCCAACGUCAGCCGCGCUGAAUACGAGGUCAAGUACUAUGAGAAGGAACAAAAGGAUCAGAGUUAUUCUACUGUGAAGACGGCCGCCACACGGAUCAGUGUCAACAACCUCAAACCGGGCACCACAUAUGUCUUCCUCAUCCGCCCUUUCUCCACACCGGCCCCCUCCUCACCCCUGUCCACCUCCCCUCUAUCCUCCUCCUCUGCGUCGUCCUCGGCCACUUCCUCGUCGUCCUCCUCCUCUUCGUCGGCGUCCUCCUCUUCGUCGUCGUCGUCCUCCUCCUCCUCUCCGCCACCCAUCGACUACGGAGCGUACAGCGCUCCCCUGGAGCUGCAGACUCUUGGCGAGUUGGCGCUGGCAUCCAGCGAACAGAAUCCGGUGGUGAUCAUCGUUGUCGUGUCCGUGGCCGCCCUGAUCAUGCUGCUCUCCAUGGGAGUUGGCCUGCUCAUCUGGAGGAGACAGUGCGGCUACAGCAAAGCCUCUCAAGAGGGAGACGAGGAACUUUACUUCCAGUUUAAGAUCCCGACACGGAGGACCUACAUUGACCCGGAGACCUGCGAGGACCUGCUGCAGGCCGUGCACGCCUUUGCCAAAGAGCUGGACAACUCCAGCAUCAAGAUAGAGAGAAUUGUGCACACAGGCGACUUUGGGGAGGUGUGUCGUGGCUGCCUGAAGCUCCCCAGUAAGAGAGAGCUUCCGGUGGCCAUUAAGACACUAAGGGCCGGCUGCUCUGACAAACAGCGGCGCUCCUUUCUCAGCGAGGCCGGCAUCCUGGGGCAGUUCGACCACGCCAACAUCAUCCGGCUGGAGGGCGUCAUCACCACCGGUAACACCAUGAUGAUCAUCGUGGAGAGCAUGACCAACGGGGCCUUGGACUCCUUCCUCCGGAAACACGAAGGCCAGUUGAGUGUAAUGCAGCUGAUGGAUAUGCUGAGUGGCGUGGCAUCGGGGAUGAAGUACCUCACCGAAAUGGGCUUCAUCCACAAGCGGCUGGCCGCGCACAAGGUGCUGGUUAACUCCAACCUGGGCUGCAAGGUGUCCGGCUUCAGGCCGCUUCAGGAGGACAAGAUAGAGGCCAUCUACACCUCACUGCAUGGAGGGAAGAGUGUGGUGCUGUGGACCGCUCCCGAGGCCAUCCAGUACCAUCGCUUCUCCUCGGCCUCAGAUGUCUGGAGCUUCGGCAUUGUCAUGUGGGAGGUCAUGUCCUAUGGAGAGAGACCCUACUGGGAUAUGGGCAACCAGGAUGUGAUCAAGGCCAUCGAGGACGGCUUCAGGCUGCCGGCUCCGGUGAACUGCCCCCCCCAUCUCCAUCAGCUGAUGCUGGACUGUUGGCAGAAGGAGAGGACGGAGAGGCCCAGCUUCAGCCAGAUCCACUCGGCCCUCAGUAAGAGCAUUCGCUCCCCUGACGGCAUCGGCUCCUCCACGUUGGCACGCCGAACGCUGAGUCCAUCCAUCACGCUAGCAGAGAGGCCUCUGCCCUCCUUCCCGUCCUUUAACUCGGUGGGGGAGUGGCUGGAGGCGGUGGACAUGGGCCGCUACAAGGACAACUUCACGGCUGCAGGGUACUGCUACUUGGAGUCUGUGGCCCGGAUGACUGUGCAAGAUGUAUUGAGUCUUGGCAUCACGUCCCUUGAGCACCAGAAGCUGAUACUGGCGGCCAUCCAGACCCUCAGAGCCCAGGUCAUCCAAAUGCACGGCCGCGGUGUGCAGGUCUAA